AUGGUUUCCGACGAUGUCCGCAACCUUGUCACCAGAACCUGCGAUGAUGUUGUGUUCCGUGGCAGGAGAGCAGCUGAUGAGCACGGCAGAGGAACCCCGCCAAUUCAGAAGCUUCCGGCAGGACUGCGGGUCCCCAGGCACACGGGGCGGGCUGUGGAUGUUCUAAUUAGCACACAGCUGGGACUACAAAGAGCAGUGGACAACGAUUCCUUCCACCUCCGAAACACUGUCUGCUGGAGAAGCCUCUCAGCCACUGGUUACAAAUUGAUAAAGGCCUCAACAGGAAACGCAAAGAGCAAAUGUCAAGAUGACUUUCAUCUUCUCCGGGACUUUGGUCCCUCAAGGCAAGUGGAACUGCCUUGGGUGGCUUGGAUUGAAAAAGAUUUAGCCCCCAGGACGGUGAAGAGCCUCCCCUGGAACGUUGGGCCUGUGAUUCUUGAGACUUCUCUUAGGAACGAAGAAGGAGGGGCAAUCAUAACUGUUGGGAUGCAGCUGACAGUGUCUACAACAAAUUGUUUUUUUAUCACUUUCUUUCUCCUUGCUGGGAGCAGUGUAGCAUCCCAAAGGGGCAUUUUACCUCUGCUCUCUGGAUCUGGCCAUGCUUCCUACCGCCUGAAGGGCCGUGCAAUUUUCAUUCCAGACCCCGACACUGAUAAACUUGUCGAUGUUUUGAUCCCCCUGGGAUCCAAAAGGCUUUGGAAAAAAGCCGCUUGGCCUGACCUUUCCCUAUGAUCAGCAUUUGUGCAAAAUAAGAACAAAAAAAAUAUCAGUGUAGAAACCUGAGAGAGUUCUUCCCUAAAGACCUCUUUCUAUCACUGACCACCUCCCGUCAGCGGAGGCCUCGCAUCCCAACCAGCCUAGGCUUUUGGCCUACAAGUUGUUUCUGGAG